UCUCUCUCUCUCUUUUCUCUUUCUCUUCUCUAGACAGGUUCAAUUGAUAUCCCUUCAUCGUCAACUCCUCUCUACAAAGAGUCGACUUGCCAAUCAGCACUUACUACUGUCCUCACAUAUACCAACCAGUCAACAUGAAGGCCUCUGUUAUUGUCUCUGUCGCCCUCGGCGCUUCCAUGGGCCUCGCCACCACCCUGGCUGAGCUCCCAAGCUGCUCUGUGCGUACCAAUUGAUCACCCAGUGAAGAUAGUCACCCCAAGGCCAGUUAACUAACAUGAGUAUCCAUUGAUAGCAAAACUGUCUAUCAAGCAUGCUGGGCAAGGCUGGCGAGCUUGGAUGCCCUCCUCAUGACCCCGACUGUCUCUGCUCUAACGCUGACUUCCAGCACGGUCUGAGAGACUGCACCCACGAGGCCUGCCCUGGUGAGAAGGUUGAACAGGUUGUCCAGGCGGGCCUUCAGGCCUGCAGGGAAAUGGGCGGUGCUCCAGGCAGCUCCACUGGUGCUCCUACUACUGGCACCGGCUCUGGCACUACUACCGGAACUCCCACCUCUGGCUCUGGCUCCGAGACCACCGCUCCCUCCACCAGCGGCUCUGGCUCUGCCCCUGCCCCAACCUCCGGUGGCCACUCUACCCCUUACUCUACCAUCCCUGCUGGUCCAACCGUCAUCACCUCCGGCACCCAUGUCGUCACCACCAGCCGCCCUCCCACCACCCUCUACACCGAGGUCUCUGGCUCCCAGACCGGCUCCGAGUCUAGCUCCCCCACUGGCACUGGCUCCGAGUCCACCUCUGCCCCCGAGACUACCUCUCCAUCCUCCACCGAGGGCGGUUCCAGCCCAUCCUCCACCGAGGGCAGCGGCAACGGCGGCAGCGGCGGCAGCGAGACCUCUGGCUCUGGCAACGGCCCAUCCCAGACUCCCUCCCAGGGUAUCGCUCCCAAGGCCACCGGUCUCGGUGUUGCUGGUGCCAUCGGUCUCGUUGCCCUCCUCGCCUUGUAAAUUCCUCUCAUGCUAGUCUGGAGUUUACUUUGAGCCGCUUGGUUUUUUUUUUUUUUUUUCUUUUUUCCUUUCUUAGUCACGAGUCACUGAAUUGAUGGACCAGGUAAAUCACGGAUAUAUUCUAGCAGUGUGUGUAAUGUUGUAUUAACUCUCGCAUAUAUGUAAUAAACGCUGCGAAAAGCUCAUGAUAAUAAUAUUAAUGCCAACAGUUCAGGUCAAGAAAGUCGUUCUCAUCUUCGUUCUUAUACUCUGAGUUGACUAGUGAUGAAGUUCAAAUUGUCUCUCUGGGAUUACCACGACAAACUAGUUAUACGCAGGUACUCCAACGAUAGAGCUGGUUACGGAUAUGAAUAUGUAAUUCCAACGAUAGAGCUGGUUAUGGAUAGGAAUAUGUAAUUCCAACGAUAAAGCUGGUUGGAUAAAGAUAUUUAAUGUAGACUACUUAAUCCUCCCCCAGACUCUCGCGCACACACUGCCGGACACGCUUCUUGAACUCCUUGGGAUCUUCCCGCCAGAGUCUGGCUGCCUCCACGUUUGCCGGUGACUCGUCGUU